UGCUGUGUCGUUUAUUCCGGCUGUGCUGUGCUCUCUCUCUCUCUCUGUCUGACGACGUCCUGCAUUAGACUCUGCACAACAAGUGAUCUUUGAGUGCCAGCUUUUUUUUCCAGAGCCUACAGGGUGCAGAGUUCGCCUGCUUCCACGGAAGUGAAACUGCCCCGGACACACAAGCUGUUGCCCGUGUAAGUAAACCUGCCCCGUCCCUCGCUUGCUCUCUCGCUCGCUCGCUGCUGGACCCCGCCGUUCGCACCUCUGGCUGUGCAGAGGGGAGGCGAGGCUGAACACCGACCAACGCUGGAGUCCCGGCACCAUGAUGAGUGUAACACACAACUUCCAACGUUCAGUGCAUCCGGCCCUAAUACUUCAGGCCGCCAUGGAUUAUUGGAGCAACAAUUAGCAGGGGAGAGUGCCAUGCUGAAGGUUCCCCACCCCGGCAGGUGAAGAUGUGUUUCCAAGCAUUGGCUUUGUGGAUGGGCCUCGCUGUCUCGUGUUUCAGCACCAUCGCCUGUGAAAGCCAAUGUAAGAUAAAGGAGCUGACCGCUGAUUGCAGUCACCUGAAGCUGUCUGCGGUCCCUCCGGACCUGCCUGUCAACCUCACCGAAAUCAACCUCUCCCACAACCAGCUGAAGCGCCUGCCCAGCUCCGUGUUGGCCAGGUACACCAGGCUUCGCAUCCUGCGUGUCGGCUACAAUGUCAUCCCCAAGAUCGACGGGAGCCUCUGCCAAGCCCUGCCCUUCUUGGACGUGCUCGCUCUGGAACACAACCAGCUAUCCACGCUCCCCGCACGAUGUUUCUCCACCUGCAGAAACCUGACUGAAUUGUACUUGCAGUACAACAGAAUCAAGCUGAUCGCCGCUGAUGUUUUUGGUGGCCUUCAGGGAUUGCAAAUCCUGGACCUGUCUCACAAUCAGCUGGUGUCGGCCAGAAUCGGAGUUGAUCUGCAAUUACCAAAGCUGCAAAGCCUCCUGCUGUCUGCUAACAAGAUUGUGCAGUUAAAACCAAACGAUUUUGCCAUCCUUCGCAACACCACAUUGUACCAGUUGGACCUGUCCUUCAAUAAGCUAACUCAGUUUGAACCUAAGUGUUUCAGCAGCAUUGGGAGCCUACGCAUUGUGGUUUUGAACAAUGUUGCUCUCCAGCCCAAUAUCACGAAGCAACUGUGUGAUGCAUUGUCGGGAACAGAUAUAACCACACUAUUUCUGAGGAACACCUACCUGAAAUUGGAAGCAAAUACCUUCUCUGGAUUAGCGAAAACUAAGCUGGCGUUCCUAGACUUGUCGAACAACAGGCUAACCAGAUUGCCGGGCAAAGCGUUCCAAUGGUUGCCCCACUUGGAGUAUCUCAAUCUCGAAGACAACGCCAUCGGACAUAUUGCCAAUGAAACAUUUACUGGGUUGGACAAUUUAAAGAGCCUGAACCUGCAGAAAAGCCUCAAGGCACAGGGCAUGUCAGACAAAGUACAUUCCAGCAUUGAAGACUACUCCUUCCAAGGGUUGAAAAAGCUAGUCUCUCUCAAUUUGGAACACAACACCAUCGCGGGUAUCAAGGAGCAUACCUUCUCCGGCUUAACGAGCCUCCAAUACCUCAGCUUGUAUAACUGUCAGGUGGAUUUUAAGACGAUAAGCAAUGAAACGCUGGUGUCUCUUGCUGAGUCUCCACUCGUUAUUUUGAACUUGACAAGAACAAAGAUCUCAAGCUUGAAGGCGGGUGCGUUCUCCAGCUUCAAUAAGCUGAAGAAACUGGACCUGGGCCUCAAUUCCAUCUCCCAGAUCCUCACCGGAGAGGAAUUCCAGGGGCUGAGCUCCAUAGAGGAGAUAUACCUCUCGUACAACUACAAACUGACUCUCACAUCCUCCUCAUUCAUUCACGUCCCUUCCAUUCGGGCCUUGAUGCUCAGCAAGUCCAGGGUGGCCACCUUGAGUCUCCAGCCGUCGCCCUUCCGGCCUCUUCGAAAUCUCACCGUCCUCGACCUCAGCAACAACAACUUGGCGAACGUGGAUCGAGAUGUUUUCCUGGGGCUCGUGCGGCUUCAGGUACUAAAGCUGCAGCACAAUAACUUGGCCCGACUCUGGAAGAGUUCCAACCCAGGCGGACCUGUCCUGUACCUCAGUGGUUUGGCGGAUCUGCGGAUGCUCGACAUGCAAUCCAGCGGACUGGAUGAGGUUCCACCCAGAGCUUUCCAGGGCUUGGUCAAGCUGGAGACGCUCGAUUUAAGUUUGAACAACAUCAACUUCCUCCCGGACCACGUGUUUGACGAUAUCGAGUCACUCAAGUCCCUGCACUUGCGGAAGAACCUCGUCACCUCCGUCUCGAGGGACGUUUUCGGCCAGGUGUUUCGCAAUUUGACGGCCCUCUACAUGGGGUCGAACCCUUUCGAUUGUACGUGUGCAAGCAUUGCCUGGUUCGUGACUUGGGUCAAUAGCACCAACAGUAGCAUCCCUGGGAUGGACACCCAAUACAUCUGCAACACCCCCCUGAGCUACCACAACAGCAGCGUCGCGUCUUUUGACACCUCUCCCUGCAAGGACGCUGUCCCUUUCAAGGGGGCCUUCAUCAUCAGCAGCAGUGUCAUCUUAGUCUUCCUGGUCAGCGUGCUCCUGCUGCAGUUCCAAGGCUGGAGGCUGGAAUUCUACUGGAAUGUCUCCGUCAACCAGAUGUUUGGCUUCAAGGAGAUAGACCGCCCGGACGCCCACUUUGCGUUCGACGCCUACAUCGUCCACGCCAAGCGCGACGUCGAGUGGGUCAACGACUACCUGAUGCCCCUGGAGACGUACGAGCAGUUUAAGUUCCGCUUCUGCCUGGAGGAGAGGGACUCCGAAGCUGGCGUCUCCGAAUUGGAGUCCAUCGUGGCCAACAUAAACCGAAGCAGAAAAAUCAUCUUCGUCAUGACCGGGGAGCUUCUAACGGAUCCCUGGUGCAGAAGGUUCAAGGUGCAUCAUGCAAUGCAGCAGGUGAUUCAGCAAAGCAGGGAUGCCAUUGUUUUGAUCUUUUUGCAAGACAUCCCUGACUAUAAGUUGAACCAGAUGCUUUGCCUCCGCAGAGGUAUGUUUAAAUCACGCUGCAUUCUGAACUGGCCAGCGCAGGAUGACCGGAUCCCAGCCUUUUACCAGAAGUUUAAGGUUGCACUUGGCUCAAGCAAUAAGGUGCAGUGAUUUUACAAGUUGUACCAAACACACGGUCAUGGGUUUAACUUUACUUUAGACUUUAGAGAUACAGCGCGGAAACUGGCCCUUCGGCCCCACCAAGCCCAGCGAUUACCCCGUACACUAGCACUAACCUACACACACUAGGGACAAUUUAGAGUUUUUUUUAAAAACCAAAGCAAAUCAACCUACAAAACAAAAAACCGUAGCACCUGGAGAAAACCCACGCAGGUCACGGGGAGAACGUACGAACUCCGUACAGACAGCGCCCAUAGUCAGGAUCGAACCCCGGGUGUCUGGAAUUGUAAUGGGCCAGUCCCACUUAAGGGCCUGUGCCACUUUCACGACCUAAUUCACGACCUCUGCCGAGUUUGCCCUUGACUCAUACUCGCAGCAUGGUCGUCACGAGGUCGUAGGAAGUCGUAGGUAGGUCGUGAUGCUAGUCGUAGGUACUCGUGGCAUCGGGGCGUUUUUCUAGCCUGAUGAAACACGUCCACGAGUAAAAGAAGGUGGUGAAUUAGGCCGUGAAAGUGGGACAGGCCCUUUAGGCGAUUUUUUUUGGGCGACUACAGGCGACUGCUGUAAAAUUUUCAACGUUGAAAAUGUUUUGGUGACAGUGGCGACAAUUCUUGCUGUCCUAGGUUGACGUAGGUGUUGUCGUAGGUUGUCACCAGGUGACGUAGGUGAAUUCCAUUAAAAUGAGUCCCUGGCAAUCGCCUAAACUGUCACCUAAGUGGGACAGGCCCAUAAGGCAGCAACUCUACCGCUGCACCACCACCGUGCUGCCCAUUUUUUGUCAUUUUGCAAUUUGGCAAAGGAUAAUGACAUCAUAUUUCCAUGUAUCUUUGCAUUCCAUGUACCCCACCAAAUAAACAAUAAUAUGUUUUGUGUUGUUCCUCGUAUCAUUAAAUACAGUAAUGAACAUAUUUAAAUUGUUCUUUAGUCAAUCUGUGGAACUCACUGCCACAGAGGGCUGUGGGGGCCAAGUCAGUGGAUACUUUUUUAAAGGCAGAGAUAGACAAAUUCCCGAUUAGGAGUCAGGGGUCAGCCAUGAUUGAAUGACGGAGUAGACUCGAUGGGCUGAGUGGCCUAAUUCUACUCCUAUAACUUGCGAACUUGUUAUAAACCUAAAAUAAAAUUGUAUUUGUCAGCAUCUUGGGCGGUCACGGUGGCACAGCGGUAGAGUUGCUGCCUUACAGCGAAUGCAACGCCAGAGACCGGGUUCGAUCCUGACUACGGGUGCUGUCUGUACAGAGUUUGUACGUUCUCCCUGUGACCUGCGUGGGUUUUCUCCGGGAUCUUCGGUUUCCUUCCACACUCCAAAGACGCAUAGGUUUGUAAGUUAAUUGGCUUUGUAAAUGCUAAAAAACAAUUGUCCCUAGUGUGUGUAGGACAGUGUUAGUGUGCGGGGAUCGCUGGUCGGCGCGGACCCGAUGGGCCAAAGGGCCUGUUUCCGCGCUGUAUCUCUAAACUAAACUAAACGAAACUGCUUCAAUUGAGAGUAUCGAUAACUGACAAGCAACAAAAAGAAAAUACAUGUUUUAAAUAUUCAGUCGUCUGUUGAGUCUAGCUUUAGUUUAGAGACACAGCAGGGAAACAGGCCCUUUGGCUAUUUGCUGCAGUGCUUUGUGAGGAUGGCCUACGCUGUAGCUCAGGUACUCAGGCAGUGGGGAAGAUGAAUGGUUAAAGUAUAGGGUGGGUGCAGAUUAAGUCAUCUUUCAACGUCUUGAACUGUGUCAAACUGCUUGAGUGGCUGUGAAGUUGCAUCUAUCUACUCAAAUGGAGACUUCCAUUUAGCUUAUUGUCACAUGUACCGAGGUACAGUGAAAAACUUUUGAUUACAAUCAAGCCAUUUACACUCUAUAGAUACAUGAUAAGGGAAUAACGUUUAGUGCAAGGUAAAGCCAGUAAAGUCCGAUCAAAGAUAGCCCGAGGGUCACCAAUGAGGUAGAUAGUAGUUCAGGACCGCUCUUUAGUUGUUGGUAGGAUGGUUCAGUUGCCUGAUAACAGCUGGGAAGAAACUGUCCCUGAAUCUGGAGGUGUGCGUUUUCACAAUUCCAUACUUUUUACCCAAUGGGAGAGGGGAGGAGUGGCCAGGGUGCGACCCAUCCUUGAUUAUGCUGCUGGCCUUGCCAAGGCAGCGUGAGGUAUUAGUGGAGUCAAUGGAAGGGAAAUUGGUUUGUGUGAUGGUCCGGGCUGCAACCACAAUUCACUGUAAUUUCUUCCAGUCUUGGUUGGAGCUGUUCCCAAACCAAGCUGUAACGCAUCCCGAUAAACUGUUUUCUAUGGUGCAUCUGUAGUUGGUGAGAGUUGUAGGGGACAUGCCAUGCUUCCUAUGCCAUCUGCAGAAGUAGAGGCGUUGGUGUGCUUUCUUGGUCAUUGCUUCAAUAAGGGUGUUCCAGGAGAAGAUGUUGAUGAUAGUAUAGAAGCUGGGAUGUAAUGUUAAAAUUGUACAAGGCAUUGGUGAGACCAAAUCUGGAGUAUGGUGUACAAUUUUGGUCGCCCAAUUAUAGGAAGGAUGUCAACAAAAUAGAGAGAGUACAGAGGAGAUUUACUAGAAUGUUGCCUGGAUUUCAACAACUAAGUUACAGAGAUAGGUUGAAUAAAUUAGGUCUUUAUUCUCUGGAGCGCAGAAGGUUAAGGGGGGACGAUAGAGAUCUUUAAAAUGAUGAGAGGGAUAGACAGAGUUGAUGUGGACAAGCUUUUCCCUUUGAGAAUAGGGAAGAUUCAAACAAGAGGACAUGACUUCAGAAUUAAGGGACAGAAGUUUAGGGGUAAUAUGAGGGGUACUUCUUUACUCAGAGAGUGGUAGCGGUGUGGAAUGAGCUUCCAGUGGAAGUGGUGGAGGCAGGUUCAUUGGUAUCAUUUAAAAAUAAAUUGGAUAGGCAUAUGGAUGAGAAGGGAAUGGAGGGUUAUGGUAUGAGUGCAGGCAGGUGGGACUAAGGGAAAAAAAGUUGUUCGGCACUGACUUGUAGGGCCAAGAUGGCUUGUUUCUGUGCUAUAAUUGUUAUAUGGUUAUAUGAUAUCGACUUCCUCGCCCCCAGUGCAAGCUGGGGUAUCUGUACCGCAUUGCCACUAGUGAGAGAGUCUUGGUCUACAGGUCAUCAUUGUCUCAGUAUCAAAGGACAUUCUUUUAGGAAGUGGAUGAGGAGGAAUUUAUUUUGUCAGAGGGUUAUGAAUCUGUGGAAUUCUUUGCCACAGAAGGCUGUGGAGGCCAAGUCAGUGGAUAUAUUUAAGGUAGAGCUUGAUAGAUUCUUGAUUAGUACGGGUGUCAGAGAUUAUGGGGAGAAGGCAGGAGAAUGGGGCUAGGAGGGAGAGAUUGAUCAGCCAUGAUUGAAUGGCGGUGUAGACUUGAUGGGCCGAAUGGCCUAAUUCUACUCCUAUCACAUGACAUUGUCAUUGCAAAGAGUAACUGUCCUUUAUUUUUCCUUGGUUAUCGGGAUUGAUCAACAAAUGUUGCAAACUCUUACAAUUGGCAUUCUGAGGCUUUUUUUCCGCACUAAUUUUAUAUAUUUUCCAGCUUUCUCAUUUUACUAAAAAUAAAGAUUCAAUCACUGUC